GCGUCCGUGGAUGUGGAUAUGAUGACGCCGACCGCCUCUCUUCUUCUCUCCCCUCUAGCACGCUAGAAUUCUCCUCUUCCUCUUUCUCUCUCAAGCACAUAAUAUGCUUCCGGUGCACAGAUAGCUACGGCGGCGAGUAUGUUGCGGUGGUAUCUAGCAUCCACGCCAGCGGAAUGCCGAUGACAUGCUCCGCGUGCAUCUGCGCCCCUGUUCCAACUUCCAAGUACCGCUGGGCCUGGCUAGCUAGCUUGGGCAUAUGGUCCGCGUUUCAUGACCUUCAUGAGCUGUUCCGCGGCCAUCUCCGACGGCAUUCCGCUGCGCUUCCCCAUAGAGGGAAGCAGGACCCUCUGCGGCGGCCUUGGAGGUGUCUGCGCGCGAGGGGUGCUCGCUCUCGGUUCCCACAGGAGUAACAGGAGUAGGAGGGCGAGGCACAGGCACGCGACGGUCUUCGCGAGGAGGAGGAGGAGGCGGCGGCCCAGCAAGUGGCAGCGGCCGUGGUGGAAGACCUUCUUCUCGGACUGGAACGAAGACGACGAGAGUCUGGACGGGUGGAGGGAGGAGGACGAGCUGCUUCAGGAGAUUGGCAGCGACAAGGGGCUGUCGGAGGAUGAAAAGUUCAAGACGUGGACGAGAAAGGCCGAAGCGAUUGUUGAUCUGCGCGAGGCCCAGCAGGAUGCGGUGAACGCCGAGGAGCGGUCGUGGGAAAAUUGGAUCGGUGGUGGCGGCGGCACGUCGGGGACUGGAGGCGGUGGGGAGGCCAGCUUGUUGGACCAGAUCACUGAUGACCCUGCAGAGAUUGUGAGGGAUAAGAGCGUUUUUGAGGUUUUCAGAGGUUCCAUCGAUGAGGAUUAUGAGGACAUGUUGUUCGAAGAUCGAGUGUUCAUGUACGCCUCAACAAACUCGGCUAAAUUUCUAGCAUUGCUGAUUGUGGUUCCGUGGGUCAUAGAUUUUAUAGUCCAUGACUAUGUUAUGAUGCCCUUUCUAGAGAGGUAUGUCCAGAAAGUGCCACUUGCAGCGGAGUUACUUGAUGUAAGGCGCACCCAGAAGCUGCAGAUGGUUAAAGCCCUAAAGAUUGAAAAGGCAAGAUACCGUCUUGAAGUAGAGAUUGGCAAAUCUCCUCCACUUUCUGAUGAGGAGGUCUGGUAUGAGCUGCGGGAAAAAGCGAUAGAGUUGAGGGAUGAUUGGAGGCUAGAGAAUCGAAAUGCUUUCGCAAAUAUAUGGUCUGAUACGGUUUAUGGGAUUGUUCUAUUUCUUCUUAUGUGCUUCAAUCAGAGCAAAGUCGCAAUGCUGAAGUUCACAGGAUAUAAGUUGCUAAAUAACAUUUCAGACAGUGGGAAGGCCUUUCUUAUUAUUUUAGUAUCUGACAUCCUUCUAGGGUACCAUUCAGAGUCAGGUUGGCAUACAUUGGUAGAAGUUAUUCUCGAGCAUUACGGUUUUGAAGCUGAUGAAGCGGCGGUCACAUUUUUUGUUUGUCUGGUUCCAGUUGCUUUGGAUGUGUACAUAAAAUUUUGGGUAUACAAAUACCUUCCAAGGUUAUCACCCAGUGUGGGCAACGUUCUGGAUGAAAUAAAGCGUCAUUAGAGAUUUUUUGCCUUAGAAAUUCACUAUGAUCUGCAGCAAUUCACUCCUCGUUUGUCCCUUUCAGUCUUGGGUCUGUCAUUUAUCAUUGGCAAGCAUUUUUUGCCUUGGAAAUUCUUCUGCAUGAAGGCCUAGGGUGGUUGAAAUCUGUCAGUUUAUCUUUUCAGGAUGUCCAGAGCUGUUAGAACUGAAACCUGUCAACAUCUUGAAGGCUUCAGAAAAUAGAGGCAAACAGAGUUGCAGGGUCCUGAAACCGAGACGUCCUAUCAAUUUAUGUUGAUAGGCCUAGGGUGGUAUUAUAUAGUGAUGGGUAUUUUUCACCGACUCCACCGGUGGAGUUUACUAGCAGCAACUUGAGGCAAAAAUAUCUCUUGUUUACAUGGUUUUAUCUCUUGUAAAAUAAGAAGUUGGAUGAUUUUGCGCGAAAUGAGACGGAACGUGCUGACGGUCGUCUGUUCUGAUGACCAACCAAGCAAAUGGCAGGACAGGGACAACUCCCAGCAAUGUUUCCCUUCCCUAUCACUGAUUAUGGUGUUUGUUCUACUAUGUAGUGACAAGUUUUUUUUUUGUUUGUUAUUUCUUUUAGUUGCCUUCUUGUAUGAUUGAGACUUUGCUUUUGGGAUCUGAACUGACGAUUAGCUGAUUGUAUUGAAUUUGCUUUGCUA